GUCGGGCCGGUGUACCUUCGGCUGGACGACCCGGCCUUCCGCUCCUACGUCCAGUACGCCAACCAAACGUACGAGGAAGAAGAGGCCGGGGAUGAAGAGCUUGGCCUCGACCUCUCCGCUCCACCGCCAGAGUCGUGGUUUCAUGGUCGCAUUAGUCGGCAGACGGCAUCCUCUAGACUCCACGACCUGCUGGGGGAGCAGGGGGUGUACCUGGUGAGAGAGAGUGAGACUCAGCCGGGGGACUACGCCAUCUCGUACCUCAGCCGUACCGGCUACGUCCACCACUUCAAGAUCAACUCCAACUGUGGCGACUACUUCAUCGGAGGUCGGCAGUUCAUGUCUCUCUCGGAGCUCAUUGGGUUCUACUCCAACUGCUCCUGCAUCUUGGAGAAUGAGAGUCUGGAGUUACCUGUUGUUCCUCCCAAGCCAGUUCCUCUGUACAUUAUGUUGAGGGCCACAGCUCCACACGUUAAGAACCCCGGCACUGAUGAACUCACUAUUGAUGUGUGGGAGGUGUUUGUCCUGCUGAGUCGGCUGAAUGAUGACUGGGGCUGGGGUCACUCCCAGCGGUCGGGGGAGAGCGGACUCAUUCCUCUCAUGAUCAUGGAGGAUGUGAGGGCCAAGUAGGCAGUUUUCUGGUGAGACUGUCCAGUGUGGAGAAAUCAGAGAGACACUACUCCCUCUCUGUCAAGGAAGAAGAGUCCAGUCUAUGGCAAAUGGCAGGAGUUUUAUUUCGUCAUAAAAUACGGAGAACAGAAACUGCUCUACUACGAGCGAGAGGACAGUCAUAAAGCCAAGGGACUUUUGGAUUUGAGACAGUGUCAAGCCUUUGCCGUGGAUCCCACCCUCUUUGGGAGG